AUGGAAGCCUCGCGAGAGGAGCGGCAGCAAAUGCGGCAGCGUGGAGCUGGGACGCGCAAAGCAAAAGAAGUCGAUUUUGGGUUCUCUUUUGGUAGCCCAGCUCUGGGAUUACCAGCGCCCGCACCGAUUGCGACUGUCCCUGAAGCUCAGAUGCCACUGCAAACCCAGACCGCGCCGAACACAACACCACGAUCGCUGAAGAUAUCGCAACCAGGAUCACAAGCUCGGGUGAUUGAGCGCACACCGGGAAGUGCGCGCAACAAGCUCCCAGAACGGCCCUCGACCUAUGAAAUACCCUCCUCGGACGAUAGAUCUGAACAAAUACGAAGCAAUAAGAGGAGAAAGAUCAAUCCUCCCAAUGAAACAGAAUACACUCCUUCUCGUCGCAAUGGCGGGCGACCUAAUAAUGGCGAUACACACCCCGUCGAUGACAGUCGAGGUAGCACAGACUCUCAAACAAGCCACACCCAGGAACCUCCAAGUACAGAUGCACCUCCUCCAUCAGAAAUAAACAACAAUGAAUCCCCGCAGCUUCAAAUCUCACCCAUUCCGGAGACCGCAGUCGAAGAUCAACAUCCGAUAGAAGAGGGGACCAAUGGCGUGGAACCAACAACGUCAGCCGCCGAAAAGCAACAAGCCCAAGCCGCAUCACCAGUGUCUGGCCCUACGGCGCCUGUAGUAGCUGAAGAAUCGCAAGCGUCAAUUUCAGCACCUGAAGCUCAGACCGGGGUCGAACAGCCUAAAAACACAGAGCAACUACGUGUGAAACGACAUAGCACUCGGUCACCACCACGGCAUGAGGAGCAAAUCCAAAGAACCAGCAACAGUCAACAAGCUACUACAGAAACUGCUUCUCCGGCUGCUGGGACAGAUAAAUCUACCACAGAAGCCUUAUCACCACGUGGUAGCUCCACCGAGGCUCUUGCAGCUAGCGGUGCGCCGACUAUUGAUAAUGAUGUCGACAUGACUGAGGAUGUUCCACCAUCCAAAGACGAUACACCAGAGCAAGACAGUCAGACAUCUCAGGGGCCUUCCACAAAGACGAAAAAGGCUAGGGGUCGUCCGCGGCAUCAACCUACCACAAACAACACUCCAGAACCGAAUGCGGAAGCCGCUGCAAAGGAACCUGCAGCCGAGGCGCAGGAUGAAUCUGCUACAGCCCCAGUUGAGGAAGCCCCAAAGACCAAACGGCCUCGUGUGAAACCCUCGAUUAACAAGAAUGCCAUUGAAGUCAUCGAGACUGAGAAGGUUUUACCUGAAUCUAUACCAGAUGUCGCGGAGUCCUCUUCGGGGCCACGUCGGGGUCGCAAGCCAAUAUCACAAAAGGAUACCCAACCACAGCCUGUGGUGGAAUCUGCAAUGCCCAAACCACAACGUGGCAGACCUAGCAAGAAAACGAAAGAAGCAGUGGAGCCUGAACUUGAGUCUGAGCCUGUGGCAGCAGACCAGACAGCAGACCAGGCAGAACUAGACACAGAAUCUUCGGGACCCAGGUUUCGUGGUAGACCUGGGAAAAAAGCCAAACGCGCAACCGAAACUGACCCUGAACCCGAACCCGAACCUGAGCCUACGACAGCAGACCAGCCGGAGCCUGAAGCAGAAUUUGCAGUACCCAAGACUCAACGUGGUAGGCCCGCAAAAAAGACGAAGCGCGCAGUGGAGCCUGCACCUGAACCCGAGCCUGAGCCUGAGCCUGUCACGGAAGACCAGCCGGAGCCUGAAGCAGAAUCUGCUGCACCCAAGUCCCAGCGCGGCAGACUAGGGAAGAAGGCUAAGCGCGCAGUGGAGCCCGAGCCUGAACCCGAGACAGAAUAUCAACCCGAUCCUGAGUCUACACAAGAACAGCCUCGUCGCAAGACUAGGGAGCCUCGUGGGGAAACGGUCCCGGUCACUGUUUACCGUCUCACAAAUAUAAAUUCUCUAGGCGGCACAACAUCUACGGCCAAUGGGUCAGGAGAUGAAGAAGAAUCCGCCGAUGAACUCACCACGCACCAGAAGGCCAAGAUUCCCAACCGCGGCGGUGUCAACCCAGCCGAUGUAUUGAGCCAGAUCUGCCGCGAGACUCUGGAGAAAACACUCAAUACGCUCAAGGAUGGGAUUUCGAACGAGGCGAAUGCUACGCGACGCGCAGAGUGGUCGCGGAAGCGAAAAGCCGUUGAAGUAUUCGGCUCGGAGCUUGAGAGCCGUCUCAUGGACCUAAGCGGGAUCCUCGAUAGCAAUUUUGUGCUUGGCGUGCAAUUGAAGAAGACUAAACGGGAGAUGAUGGAUCUACGGAAUCAUCUAUACCGGGUCCGUCGAGAACGUGAGAACAUAGCCUUGCAAAUGGAUGCAGUGCGCAGCAGACAUAUUGAAGAGGAGAAGGCCAAAGUGUCACGUUCCACGAUCAGCAAUUCCCUCCACAGCCUUGAAUUGGCCCUCGAUCGUAACAAGCGACGCUCUGCUUCCACUGCGGAUUCUUCUACGGAUAUUGAAUACAUGCUUCGCACUGUUGCCGACCUCGAAGCUACUUUAGGUCGCCUAGAGCGAUGA